GCGGGUAUAUUCUCCGCGUUACUGUGGCGACCGCUAUCGGCUCGCUCGCGAAACCCCCCGACGUGGUCGAGUGUGCGAAAAAAAACGCAUUUGUCCCCGGAGCGUGAACGUCGUGUCGACGGACGGGAUUUCAGGAUGGUGCGAGCGACACUUUGAUUUGUCUCCCCCCGACGUGUGCCGCUAACAAAAUUCGGCCUACCGACGUCGGCCGGCGGUCGAGUGUCGGGAUACGAGUAUGGACACGCGCCCGUCGUCAGUGCUCGUGUGGCACGUAUCGGCGACACGGCGGUGACGAUGAGUAACGGCCGGCUUAUAACCUAAAAACGUAAAUUCGCACGUAUGUACGAUGAUUGCACGUUAAUUGUCUCGCACGCGGUACAAUUAUCGCCUGGCGUUCUUCGGUGCGACAGGAUCGGCGGCGGGGCGCGCGCGCGCGCGCUAUGCUAGAAGCGGAGGCUCGCGACGAUGGACGACACCGCGUACGAGCUGAACCUCAAGAACCUAGCCGGCUGGAUCGCGUCCGGCGCGAUGAUCUUCGGCGCGGUUGUGCCCUACGUGCCGCAGUACAAGGAGAUCAAGAGGAAGGAGGACGCGGAGGGAUUCUCCCUCUACGUGUGCCUCACCCUCCUGGUCGCCAACACGCUCCGUAUAUUAUUUUGGUUCGGCAAACACUACGAGCUUCCACUUUUGUUACAAAGUAUACUGAUGAUUCUAGCAAUGUUCGUUAUGAUUAAGCUCUGCAUUAACGUACAAAACAGAACGCAAAUAAUCAAAUCGAAAGAACGAGUACUUACAGAAUUUUGUUACUUCGCAGAUUUGGACGCUAGAUUCUUUUGGAAGUGGACAGACUUCAAGUCCUACCUGGGCUUCAUGACCCUGUUCGCUGGCGUGGGCGGUGUAAUUACGUAUUUAUUUCUGGAUGUACCGAUAUUUAUUGAAAUUGUUGGAUUCUUAGCUGUAUUGAUAGAGGCUAUGCUGGGCGUCCCGCAGUUUCUCCGUAAUUCGUCGAACAAGUCGACCGUAGGGAUGAGCAUAGCCAUGGUGGCGAUGUGGACUGUGGGAGAUAUCUUCAAAACGUGCUACUUCGUUCUGAGGGAUACGCCCGUGCAGUUUCAGGUGUGCGGCGCUGUUCAAGUCACCAUCGACAUCGCUAUUUUAGCACAAGUGUACCUUUACAAGACCAGUACUGCGCACGUACACACGAGAGCUCCUACGAGAUCGGAUUGAAGAUGAUCCUCUGCGCGUUCGACCGUGAUUGAAAACAGAGAUUUCCCCGAACAGCAACAAUACUUCGCCUACUUGUAAACAUACAGAUUUUUAACGUUCUAAUGGUGGUCUAACAGGACGCAAGAAGAAAUUAUAUUUUUAUACGGAUCGUCGACAUUUAUACGUAUUUAAGUUUCCUAAUAUUUACCAAACAAAGUGCAGUUAAUAUUUUGAUAAGGAUUUUAGCGUUUAUCGAUAUUUAAUAUAUAAAUUAAUAUAUAAACUUGUAUACCUCUUGUUAUAUCUCGUUCAUUGCAUCAUUCACUGCACAUUCCAUGCCAAAUGUAAUCAUCUGUUCCUCAUUUUACGUUUAAAUACAAUCUUAUUAUAUUAAA